UUUUUUUUUUUUUGUUUUCCAGCCUGCUCCGCCAGCGCGCUGAGAACAGUCUCCCUUCCAUUUACUUGAUUUGCAGGUUUGUUGGUCUGUUUAGGGGGGUUUCCUCUCCUUUUUUUGCUGUCCGGCUUACUCCACCCCCGAGUUUUACCUAGUUGUAGCAGCUUGCUUCCGUUUAUAUAUAUAUAUAUUUUUUUUUUAUUGGUAUUUUUUUCACUGACGCUUCCCGUGUGGUUUUCGAUUGCAAGCCGUCCUUGCAGUCCGAUUUUUAACUGCAUUUUGUCUGCAGGUCUUCUCUUUGUUUGUACACAUCCCCGUUUUAUUUUUAUUUUUUUUUUUCCGUUGUUGUUGUUCGUUGUUAAAGUCACUCUUUUUUUGGGGGGGCGCUGUAUUUAAACACUUAAAAUGCACUGCUAUCUCCUGAGCGUGUUUCUCACCGUGGAUCUGGCCACCGUGGCUUUCAGCCUGUCUACCUGCAGCACCCUCGACAUGGAUCAGUUUAUGCGGAAGAGGAUCGAGGCGAUCCGGGGGCAGAUCUUGAGCAAACUGAAGCUCACCAGCCCCCCGGACGAGUACCCCGAGCCCGAGGAGGUGCCCCCGGAGGUCAUCUCCAUCUACAACAGCACCAGGGACCUGCUACAAGAGAAAGCCAACCACAGAGCUGCCACUUGUGAAAGGGAGAGGAGCGACGAGGAGUAUUAUGCUAAAGAAGUUUACAAAAUAGACAUGCAGCCUUUUUACCCUGAAAAUGCCAUCCCACCGAGCUAUUACAGCCUUUACUUCCGAAUAGUCAGAUUUGACGUCUCAGCGAUGGAGAAGAAUGCCUCCAACUUGGUGAAGGCUGAGUUCAGGGUCUUCCGUUUGCAGAACUCAAAGGCACGGGUCUCAGAGCAGCGGAUAGAGCUGUACCAGGUUCUAAAAUCUAAAGAAUUGUCAUCACCAGGACAGCGCUACAUCGACAGCAAAGUAGUUAAAACAAGAGCUGAAGGAGAAUGGUUGUCUUUUGAUGUCACUGAGGCUGUACAUGAGUGGCUCCAUCACAGAGACAGGAACCUUGGCUUUAAGAUAAGCUUGCAUUGUCCAUGCUGCACCUUUGUGCCUUCCAAUAAUUAUAUCAUCCCAAAUAAAAGUGAGGAGCUUGAAGCAAGAUUUGCAGGUAUUGAUGACUACACAUAUUCCAGUGGUGAUGUGAAAGCUUUAAAGUCCAAUAGGAAAAAAUACAGUGGGAAGACCCCACAUCUUCUGCUAAUGUUAUUACCCUCCUACAGACUUGAGUCGCAACAGCCCAGUCGGCGGAAGAAGCGUGCUCUAGAUGCUGCCUAUUGUUUUAGGAAUGUGCAGGAUAAUUGCUGUCUGCGUCCACUUUACAUUGACUUCAAGAGGGAUCUUGGCUGGAAAUGGAUUCAUGAACCUAAAGGAUAUCAUGCUAAUUUCUGUGCAGGAGCCUGUCCAUAUUUAUGGAGCUCAGAUACUCAGCACAGCAGAGUACUCAGCUUGUAUAACACCAUAAAUCCAGAAGCUUCUGCCUCUCCGUGCUGCGUGUCCCAGGAUUUGGAACCCCUCACCAUCCUCUACUACAUUGGUAAAACACCCAAAAUUGAACAGCUGUCCAACAUGAUCGUAAAGUCUUGCAAGUGCAGCUAAAGGAUACCCCUGAAACAGCAUGACAUGUGUGUAUUAAAAAAAAAAAAAAAAAAAAAAAACCACAAGGAAAAAAAGAAAGAGCGAGAAGGAAAGAAAGAAAAAUGAAACCCCAGGUUCAUCAGUGUUAAAAGAAAAAAAAGAAGAAAAAAAAGCGGUACUAGUCUGAACUGUUUGAAAGUUUGUUUUGUUUUGUUUUUUAAACUGGCAUCUGAAGCAAAACAUUGAAGGCCUUUAUCCUACAUUUCACCUACACAUAGUGUGAGAUAGACAAGAAGCAAAGUUAAAGAAAAAAAAAACCUUUUAAAAAAUAAACACUGGAAGAAAUUUGUUAGUGUUACUAUGUGAAAGGAAAAAAACAGGAAAAUCCCAUGAAGUGGAGUUGCUGUAUCUGUCCCGUGCCUUACUUGAUCUCUCUGUAUUGUUACGCAAUAGGCAUCCUACCCAUUCCUCUUAGUUGUAGAGUUAACAGUGCAUUAUUUAUUUGUGUGUAAAAACUAUCAAAUGAACAUUUCCGUAUCGCCAUCGGAAAAAAGAAAACCAGCAAAUGUGGACAAAGUGGAGACCAAAUAAGCUGCCAGAAAUAUGUAUAAAGCCUAAAGGAACACAAGCUCAAAAGAAUCAGAAAAGUAAUGUUUAGUUUAGUUCAAUUAAAAUAGAAAUCAGUUAUUACAUUAUUGAGAAACUCUGCCUUUAAAAUACCUUAUUUUUCAUGCCAGCUGCCUAGAGAGGCUUCUUGUAAGGUCUCAAACCCUUGUUUUAAAUACUGAAUAAUUUACUAAUAAAGGACACUCUGUUUCAGUCUCAAAGACAAGUCUAUAAGAUUUUUUUUUUACUGUAAAUGAUUUAAAAUGUCAGUUUAGUAAACCAGUGAAAUAUUUAACAUGUACUGGUCUAAUCUUCAGACCUUAAUACAUUGCUGUAUAGCUAUGCUAUGGGAUUUUUUUGUUCUUUUGGUAUAUGUAACCAUACCUAGAGUAUUACCAUAGGUGGGUAGUAAAAGCCAGCUUAAUUGGAAACAUAUCUGUAGAUCUCUAUUUGUAAACUAUUAAAAAAUUAAGUACUUUAUGUGUAAUGUGUAAAUUUUCACCAUAUUUUUGUACUCUGUAAUAGUGUCAGCUCUCAUGAGUUUGAAUUUGAAUUUGGGGCUCUUUUUGAUCACUCAGAAUCAUGUGUUUCCCUCUAGCUGGCCAGUAUGAGUAGAGUCCCUAUAUUUUGACUUGCACUACAAAUACAUGUUUGAUAAUAAUUGCUAUACAUGUGCUUUGUAUAUUUUUCAUCAUUAUGACAUAAGCUACCUGACUCCAUUUGUUUUUCUGUUUUAUAAAAAGGAUGGAUUAGAGCGAUCUCUCCCCGCCUCCUCCCCUUCCUCCUUGGCUGUCCCUGUUUGUAACACUUGAAUCGCAAUGCGGUUCGGAUUACUAGACCUUUUUAUUUCCUUUUGGAUAUAGACAUUCAAACAGAUGGGCAGGGAGCGAGGCGUUGCAAGAAGAGGUGUCCCAGCCUGGCUGAGGCAAGGCAAACCCUUGCAGAGAAUGACAUUCACCACUGUGCAGAAGGCUGGUAGGAAGCGUCUGCCACGACAAUGCCCCGAGUGGGGCGUGAGCGGGAUGCCUUUGUGGCCAGAGGCUGUGCGGCAGCAUCGCAUGCAAGCCGGGACUUGCCCUCGCAGUUAGUCCAUGGGACCGAGCCUGCUCCUGCUGCAGGUAACAGAGGUUUGCCUUUAUCUUCUGCAGCGGCACAGCAGGCCCCUUCAGGCUAUUGAUGUGUGUGUAAAGAUUAGCAGGAUCACACCCUUGAUUUUUGUGAGUUUGCCAGUUUGGUUUUUUUCAAUCGGGUUCACAUUAAAGCUCCUUGUAAAAAAAGAAAAGGAAAAAGGAACAUGGAGUUCCUAGGAUUUUGUUGUUAUUACACAUGUUUAAAUAUUGUAGAGGGAGUAAAAAAAAAAAAAAAAAACCCACAUCAUACUCUUUAGAAAAAGCCCCGACUUAAAUUAGCAAAAAAACAUGAAAGCAGUGCAUUCAGUUCAUUUCACAUGAUGAAUGGUUUUGCAAGGCAAAGCUGGAAAACUGCAUUAGAAACAUACUACUUGGAUGAGAAGGACGUUUUCUGUCAUUGAACCGAGCGGUGUCGGGAGGACACUCCUGAGCUUGAUGUUGUCAGCUCCAGUUUUAAGAAGUGCAAUUUCUUUGGCUUCAGCAGAACACUGGUGCAAAGCUGAAGUACCUCAGCGGCUUGCACACACAGCUCCUCGGGACUUCGGUAGAGCCUGUGCUUAUUGCUUAGAUGGAAACGUAGCCCCACAGAUGAUCUAAUCCCACCCGUUGACUCAGCGCAGAGGAGGAGGUAUGUUAGACUUCUGAUUUAUUUAGUGAGUUGAGAUGAACAAGUGAAAAAUCUGUCCUGCUAACACUUGCUUGAGCCAGACUUACUCCAGUGAGAAGAUGCACUGAACUCAGUGAAACUCCUUAGGGUAGUAAAUACUCUGGAUUUUGUUGUAUACGGCAGCAAAGUUAGUUUUAUCAGGUCCAGUAUGAGAACUGUAUUUUUGUUGGACAGGAAAGGAGACAAGGAUGAACACAUUUUAAAAACCUUAAAAACAUUUUUGCAAUUCUCUGCCAUGGGAAUGCAGCUCAAAACCAGUUUUGAAGCUUUGAAAAAGUGGAAUAGGAGAUAGCAUAGUUGUCCAACUAUACUCACUAUGCGCUGGACGCAGCUGAAAAUUUCGGUUUGGGUUUGGACUUUUUCUCUAAAUUUAAGUAUAAAACCUUAUUUCUGUAAGUCAUUACCCCAAGAUUGAAUACUUUUUUUUUUCUUUACGUUUUUUUUUCCUCAAAAUGCACUGAUAGUAUUUGAAAUACUCUCCUAUAAAGCUCCUAUGUAUUUUUUUUUUCCAAUAGGCAUGUAUUUCCCUUUAGUUACCAAGGAUGUUGGGCCUGAUUCUACAGUGUGCAGAACUCAUGGGUGAAAUUCCCCUCUACAAAGUGGGGUAAUGUGAGUCCUAAGCACUGCUCAGGUCUGAUGUAAAUCCCCCUCGAAUGAUGUUUAGAUGGGUCUGCAACAGCUCAAGGACUUUGUGUCAGAGGCCUUAUCACAACGAGGUAAUUGCCACUGUUGGAGCAAAGUCCCUGAGAACUGGUGGGAAAUAUACAACAUGUUGAAAGAUCAGACCCAAGGGGCUGACUGGGGCUGAGGGGAAAUCUUAGCACUUAGCUGGGUGGGGUAGGACAGCAUUUUUUAUGUGUUUAGCAUCAAUACUAUUGUAUGGUUGGCAUGGUUUAAAGGAGGAAAAAAAAAGGAACUUAGAGGACAGCUGUGUUGUACUUCGGUGAUUGAUUACUCUGUAUUUUAACACAUUGUAUGUCUUUUUUUGUGGUGCUCUAGUGGUAAAUAAAUUAUUUCAAUUAUAUGCUGGUGUUGCUUUCGUAUGGCAGCGUUCUUCUGGCCUAGGCGAUUCCUCAGCUCUGGCUCAGCUUAAUCUCUGCAAAGCCUGAUUAGGUGUUUGAUUUUAGCGUGUGUCACCUUGAUGUGGUCCAGCAGAGGCUGAGGUGAAGAACAGACAUCCAGGGUGAGCAUGAAUCACGUCUGUUCUGAGGAUUGCUUUCCCCUCAGCCACUGCAGUAGAUGUCUUGGUCUAUAGGCAAGAAGUGGCUUCUGGUGGACUGCUGUGAGCAGCAGCACUGUCCCGUGUGUGUAUAAGACAGGUGCUGCCCUGGGCAGGGGUGGUAUUACCCCAUGGCCUCGCUGUGUCUGAUACCUCACCAGAACCAUUACUGCAGGCACCAGUUUUGGGGGCUUUCCUCUCUGGUAGAGGAUCUCAAAGUAGAUUCUUCCUUAUUUCUGUAGUGCUGAGGGAGGUUAGAAGGUGAUCUGUUUCAUGAUGCCCAUACACUGAAUGGUCCCACCCCAUUGCGUCCUUAAGUAGAGGCCAGUGAAACUGCUGAUUUUUAUGUUGUACAAAAUAGUCUACAAAUGGGAUGAGAUGGGGUAUUGGAGGAGAGGCAACAGACACACAUUGGAACAUGGCAAAUUCUGGCUUUGUGAAAGAAAAUAUUUUUACAGUGGAGGCCAAACCCUGGAACGGGUUGCCCAGAGAAGGCAUGACAUCUCCAUCCCUGGAGAUGCUGAAAACCAGCUGGGCAAGUCUCCAGGCAGCCUGCUCCCAGUGCACCUGCUAUGAGCAGGAGGUUGGGCUGGAGACCCUGCAGAGCCCUGCCCACCCCCAUGAAGCUACAAACAGUCGUGGUCCAACCCAACCACUACUUCAGUCACUGGCUAAAAGAGUGCGAGAAACUCUGAUGCUCAAUUGCCUCAGCUAUUUCAGUUUGCCAGCAGCAGCCACGUAGCCACAUGGAAGUGGGGUUUUUUUUGACGGAAAAUAGAAUUCCCUAGUUUGUUUUAAGUCUCUCUCCUAUAUGCAAUUGCAUUAUGUAAGCAAAUAAGAAUUAAGGAGCCUGGUAUUGCAGCUUUUCUUUAUCAGACCUUCUGCAGCUCUAGGCACUUAAAUAAAUAAAACUGGUGGGAGGAAGGGCUGCAGGAUUGAAUCAUUUUUGAAGUUGAUAAAACCAUAUAUGAAAAUCCUUCCAGAUCAGGGACUGAUGAUGAGAAGGGGUGAACAUCUGCUCUUCCUGGUGCCUUCUCUGGGAUCUAAGGGGUGCAUAGCGUUUCUUGGCAUGAAUGAAAGAAUAUGUUUAUGCCAGAUUGUUUGGUGUGGUUGUGAUAAAUUGUAACAAAUGAACCCUGUGGUCUGUGAAUAUGUGUUUAAGAAUGCAACUUCAGAUGAGCAUUAAAAACAAUUUUAGGAGCCAUUUCACCACAGUUACGCUCCAGCCGUACAGCAAUCUGCCUUAAUUGUUUUCAGUGAGUUUAUACCAGCAUAAAACUAUGGUCCUGCAAAAACUGCCCAUACUAAUUUUCAUUCUGACUAUUUUCAGUUAGCCAGCUAUGUGCUUUGACGUGAGUGUCAGCUGCCAGCCCCAUUCUUAUCCAAGGUAGCCCUCACACAGUGAGGUACGAACACUUUGCAAUUCUGUCUGCUGCAUUUCUGAAAUCAAUGAAGAACAGGAAGGUUUGAGGAGUAAUGUUGAUUGGACAUUUUUGAUGGGAAAGUGGCUGUAGUGCCUAUAACUAAAGAGGAACAAAGUGGAGGUAACAUGGUGUGCUAAAAGAGAUUUUAUAGCAUUUAUGCAGAAUAUUUUGAUGCUGGGCUUGUCUUUUCCUUUCACUAACACAGCCUCUCCAGACUGUAUCAGCAAAGCCCUUGCUGCUCUGCUUCAAUGAAAUUGUGGUUAAUAAAUGUAGAAUAUUUAAUAUAGGAAAAAACCCAAACCAUGUAAAUGUCUUGAAAACCAUUUUUUAGGCCAAAAUCUGCCUCUUAGAUCAGACAGAACAGAUUCUAUGAGGAGCCAUGAGUUCUGGAAGAAAAUAAACCGAGAGGUUAUGUAAUUAUAUGUGGUUAUAAAGUAGAUGUGAAGUAAUGUAGUUGGCUUGUCAGUGGGUAUGGGUGUAACAGUAAUUUCUUCAUCUGUAUAAAAAUAAAAUUAAAUGGAACAGAAAGCUGAUGAGAACUUCCAAUCAAAUUUGAUAUGCUCAUUUAAUGAAGUAACCUGCUGGAAUCUAAUACAGAACUCCUGGGGUAUAAACCUUUCUUAAAACACAUGGUGGUCCAAGAAACAAAUUCUUCCUUUGAAUGGGGUGUUUUAGUGCCAAACCAAGAUGAUGGCAGGAAUGGAGGAAGGGUCAGUGGUCACUGAUCUCUGAGUCUCGGCACUGUUUGUACGUACUGUAGGCAGGUCCCAGUGAAAAGAUCUGCAGAACUGAUACCAAAAACGUUUGCCACAAGAAAGGGAACAAGGAAGAUACAAACAUCAAAUGGGACCCGAGUCUCUUUUUUUUCAGUAGAGCGUGCUUCUAGGCUCAGAAAGCAGUUUUUACAUACAAUUUCAUCCAAAUAAUUAGAGAUGGAUCAAACCAAAGUGUUAACAUGUGAGUCCACAUUUAACCAAAGUCGAGAAUCUGGUGUUUGCGGUUCUGAUGUUGUGUUCAAACCUGAACCACUUUUACAAAAUUCAGUUGGGUCCGAUCCCUGCACCUGGUUUGUAACCAAACUUUAAUCACCAAAUUCACUGCUGGGGUGUGUAAGGCUUUUAGCUUAAGAUGUCAGAAGGCCUUGCACUUGAAUAGCUCUCAGCAUGCCAGAUGCAAAUCUCACAGAACAGUUGUGUUGGGUUUUUUUCUCAAGCACAAAGAUGUAUGAAUCUAAUUGCUAUUCACAGUAAUGGCAAUCAGAGACAGUCAAAGUGUCCCUACACAUCAAGGUGGUUCCUAGAGAACUGGUAGUGGGACAGCACACCUUAGGUCACCUUGUCUUCAGUGAUUAAAACACCAGCAUUAUGGGAUUAUGUGAUCGGUUUUUUGCCGUCUGAUGGAACUCAUGUGAAAUUAAUUGAUGGCUUCAUUCCAGUUCCUAGUGUAAACUAGUUGGAAUUCUCCAAGGACAUGCAGACUAAUUUCAUCCAUCAAAAGCAGAAAAUAUCUUUAUCCAGAAAAACCUGUUGUUUUUUUUUUUCCUUUGAAAAAAUGUAAAUACAAAGGACAAAAUAUGCAGCAGUUCAUGGGCAAGUUAUGCAUUCCUCUGCAGCGUGUAACCUGCUCUCAAAGAGGUGGUCUGGAUCAAUGUGUGAACAUUUGGGAGGGAAAGCUGGUUUUGGAGGUGCUCUGAAAUACAUUGUUUCCUCUGCUUCGUCUAUGAAACAGUUACAAAAAAGCCAAAAGACUGUAAAUAAGAAUAUGAGCUGACUUCAUUUUUUUCACAUAGUUAUCCAGCUAUGAUGGAUAACACAGGAGGUGAAUCGCUGCAGAUCUGGAGUGUCAAACACAGCCAACUGAUGUACACAAAGUUGGGUCACAGAAAGCGGUGCAGGAAAGAUGAACACAACAGAAGGUUUAUGUCAGCAUAAAGUAUCGGCCCUACAUAAAGCCACAGGAAAACUGGACUGGUUUUUGUUGUACUUUUUGCUUUGGAUUUGGCGGUGCUUCCAUAGCACAAAGGGCUGUUCCCAUUUCUCAUCCUUUGUCUUGAAAUAGGUGCGUCUUUAGGGAGGUAGGAAUUUACCUAGGAAUAACUGAACGUCACUGAUACAUUUUGAGAUCAUUAUCAGUCAGGAGAUAUAAUUUAAAUGAGCUGUUAACACGACCUUAAUUAACUUUUCCUGUAGCUAAGCAGCCCCAGCUGCUCUCCUGGCCUCUAUCUCUUAUUUUAGCAUUAGAAGUUCCUCCGCUGCUUUGUGGUAACAGAUGGUGUCUAUCAGGAGGCUGAAAUCUCAGCGAGUAUCCCAAGGACCGAGGAAGAGAUCUCAAGCGUUAAACCCCCGCGCUUCUCUAGUGCCAGGUCCCUUAAAGCAGUGCUGUAACACACCAGGUGCUCUGCAGACCGGACACAAAGCAAGACUUCAAAUGCACUCUCAGCAGUGGGCCAUUCAUGUAAAUAAUGCAAAACUACUGUGUCUUGGUCCCCACAAGACCCUCAGGGACUCAUUCAAACAACUAUCUUACUGGUUAGACCUCCUUCCCCCUUGUAAACAGUGUAGGAGGAAUCAGUGACUCUCACUCACGCCAGGGGAAAUCUGCCCUCAGGAGCUGAUGAAUACGUAGAUGCAAGAAUAUGUGUCAUGGACUGCAGAUACGAAAACCCUGUCUACCCAGCUGCAAGCAAGAAUUCACAUAGCAAGAAUGGAAAGAACCAAUUCACACUUGGUCCAUUUCUGUGGAUGCAGAGAUUAACAUAAUGCGUAUAAAUUUAAAGACCUCUUUAAGAUUUGCAUGGGACUGCAAUGUUUUUAUAGUUUUUUUUCUGGAUUCAUAAGUCUCUCCCUCUAUUUGCUAAGUAUCUUUGCACUUUCUGGACAGCUUCAGUAGUUGUAUUCUUAGCAGUCUUACUGUAUGGCUCCCGGGAGGAAAAAAGGAAAUUUCAGACUGUUUCACUUCUGGAUUACUCCAGCCAUAGCAGGUUGUUUUUGUAACUUGUGUUGCUGGAUGCAGGAAAUGACUUUUGGAGGCAACUCAGUUGAACUGACUGGUCUUAUUCCCAGAUCUCUUACUUUAGUUUUACUCCAGCACAACUAUUUCAAGAAGGAACAAACCAGGCUUUAAAGUCAUUUGGCUAAGAAUGGUCAGGCUCAGUUUGCCGUUUUACUGGUGGCUUCACACAAGGCAUGUGUGUUUGUAAAGUGUUUGAACAUCGAUUACCACAGUAGCCUACAUUACAGCAUCUAUAUUAAAGAUCUGUGUUUAUAUUUGAAAUUUAGAAAAAUGAAGAAUAUGACAAUUUUCUGAAAAAGGAAAUUGAUCACUUACAUUGGUAUAUUUUACAAGGUGUUGCUGUCAUUUUUAUCUCAUCCAACGCAUCCAGCAAAAAAUGACCCCAAAGAACAAGAACUGUAAGCUGCAUCUCCAGAGUUGAAUAGGCAGAAUGAGAAGGUUUUAUACCAAACAAAGGCCUGCUUAGGGAAGUGCAAGAGCAGUGACUAUCUCUGUCAAGCACGAAAAAAACGAUGACGCAUCUCUAGGCUGGCCAGGCAUUGUGUGGGAGUAGUUCAUCACAGUCUAGUUUCAGCUUCAUCAUGAACUUGGGUUACUUACUGGUAUGCGUCUGUCUCUGAAUGUUGAUCUAUUCCUUUGAAAUCUUUUCAAGAGUAAUCUGCCAUAAAAUGUGUCUGUAUAAAGGGAUGAAAAGUAGCAA